UAACAACGUUUGAGAAAACCAAAGUAUAAUAUAUUUUUGUGGGCCCUAUUUCAGCAGUACUAUAUUUUUCCCACUGAAACCGCGAAACACCAUAACGUCAAAGUUUGAAACGACGCCGCCAGAGGUUGCGCCGCCGCGACCAACGCCCUCUUCCUCGCCACAACCACCGCCCUCUUCCUCUCGAUCGACUUUCUCUCCGUCGCAAAUCUCAUCCUCGUGAAAGUGUGAAACCAAGACGCCGGAGGUUACGCCGCUGCGGCCACCGCCAUCUUCCUCGCGAAACGAACCGUCCUUUCCGCAAGACCACCACCCUGUUCGGCCGUGCCUCGUUCAAAAUCGCGAACGCCCUCUUCGACGACUCACCAUUGCCGCUUCUGCAAGCUUGCUAGCCUCAGGUUCUCUUCCUGGCAAGCCCUACUCUGAAUUGGGUUACGGCUUCAAAACUGUUGUUAUCAUUGAUCUGGAUAUUUCUUGGACAACCCAAUUGGACGAAUUUGAUGAAAAUGAGUUAAAGUUCGUUUUUUGUGGAUUUUUGUUUUUGGAGUUAAAAAAGGGGUGUUUGAUAUCUAGCAAGUUGUUUAUGUGCUAAAAGAGUUGACUGAUUUGGGAAUUAGAGCUGCAUUUCUCUGGAUUUAGUGAAUCUGGUUCAAGGUUCUGAGAAAUUAUUGGUCAGUGUAAGAUUUUUGGUUUAUCAUUGAUCAAAAAACUAUGCAUUUAUCAUGCUUUAGCAAUAUAAUGACUGCAAAAGUUAUUGAUGAUAAGGAUGUUGAUAAUUCUGUCACUGAUAAUAUGAAUAAGAAGUCUGUGAGUAGAGAGAGAAGAGUGAGAAACAGAAAGGCUAAAAGAAAUGAUUUUAGACUGCAAGAACUUCAACCUUCUCAGAACAAGACACCAAAGUCAGCCAGAAGAGGCAGAAAGAAGGGCAAGAAAGGGAGUGGACAGAAAGGUUCAUAUGCAAAUCAGCCUGUAUCAUUUGUAUCAAGCGGUCGCAUAAUCCAAUCUGAAACUGUAGAGGUUACCGCCGUUGAUUCUCAAGAGACUGAUGGUACUGAUAAGAAGGGUAUCAGUAUCACAAGCUCUGCUAAUAUAGGCUCAUUUGAGGUACACACAAAUGGUUUUGGUUCAAAAAUGAUGGCUAAAAUGGGAUAUGUGGAGGGAGAAGGAUUAGGGAAAAAUGGUCAAGGCAUGGCGCAGCCCAUUGAGGUUAUACAAAGGCCUAAAUCACUUGGUUUGGGUGUGCCAGCCACUGAGCCAGCUAGGAGGAGUAAGUCUUCAAGAAUUGGUACUUCUGAAAAGCAUACAAGAACUGAGCCACCUAGGAGCAUGUCUUCAGGAAUAUGUGCUUUUGAAAAGCAUACCAAAGGUUUUGGGUCCAAGAUGAUGGCUAAGAUGGGCUUUGUUGAUGGUUCUGGAUUAGGUAGAGACUCACAAGGUAUUACUAUACCAUUGAGUGCUGUUAGGCGACCAAAGUCACGAGGGCUAGGCUCCAAAGGUAAUGAUGACUUGAUUGAGGAUUUUCCUGAUGCUAUAUCAGAUAUGUAUUCUAAAGGGAUGACAUCUGAAGUACUGGAUAGAAGGACUUCGGAAUUUACAGCAAUUCAUGAAGAAAGCAGUUGUGCGUAUGAAGAAAAUCCAAACAGGAUAUCUGCGGUUGAGCUUGAUUCUGACUUACAUACUUCAUCAAUGCAGCAUACUAAACAAAUUUUGAAGUCAGAUCAUGCAAUUGGACAUGGUCCAAUAAUGAAGAAUAUAAUGCCAGAACCAUCCCAAGUUUAUUCCAAGGUUGCAACUCAGGGUCUAAAUACAUAUUGUUCAGAAUUCAAUUGGAGCAGAAGUCAGCCAGGUGUCAUUCCGAAAACUUUCCAGGGUCAUCCUUUCACCUUUUUGAAGUCAAAGACAUCUGUCUCUUCAGCCCCUAUUUCAAAACCUCGAACUUGGCAUCGUUCAGGUAAUAAUCCUACCACUUCUUUACCUAGGAUUAAACCUUUGGCAGGAACAGCUCCUCCCAAAAGGCCAAUUCUAGAAGGAAAAGGGAACUUUCAAAAUACCUCUACUUCAUACAUUCGUAAAGGUAACAGUCUUGUAAGGAAACCGAGUCCAGUUUCUGCUUUAUCUCAAAUCUUCUCUGUUAAUCAAUCACCCGCCAGAUCUGAAAGCAGGGCUGGUGUGAUAGAUCGACCAAUGUACUUGAAAACAGGAGAAACAAAUACUACUCAGGAGGGGCCUAGAACACCUUCACUACCCAUUGACAACAAAUCACAGGAAAAUAUAACUUCCCCAUUGGUAAACCCUCCUUCCAGCGGUUGCUGUGAAAAUUUAUCAGAUCCUAGUAAAUCUAUAGAAGCUAAUUAUGCACCAAAGUCUUCUGAAGAUGCGCUGAAGCAUUUUGAAACUUCUGACAAUCAACCUGGUUUAUCUAACAAUGGGGAGAGCCAAGUUGAAGCAAAUGAUGGAAAUAUUUCUUCUAUGAAAGCAAGGAGAAUAGUAUAUAUGAAGCCCACAACAAAUCAAUUGGUUGCAACUUCAAGUUCUUGUGAUAUUGUCUCAACUGAUCAAAAGGGCCAAAUAGCCUUUUCCAAUGGCUACUACAAAAGGAGCAAAAAUCAAUUGGUUAGGACUACAUUUGAAAGUCAUAUCAACCAGACAAUUGCAAUGCCCAAUAGCAAUGUGGAUUCUGAUGGACGAGGGGCUAGUAAGGUUCUUUGCAACAGGAGGUCUAUUAAGAGGCGAUCAUAUAAGGUUGCUAGGAGCUCUGGCAAGCCUUCAAAUGCUUCAUUAGUGUGGACACUUUGUGGCAAUAAUUCGUCCAGAAAUGAUAGCGACUCAUUGCAUCAUCAAAAGGUUUUACCUCACUUGUGUCCAUGGAAAAGAACAACAUAUUUAAGAAGCUCCAUUCGUAAUUCUGCUUCAAGCUUCGAUAGUAGUUCUUCCUUAUCUGCAAUCAGCAAGAAAUUGCUACUGUCUAGAAAGAGGAAAACUGUUCACACCAGGUCAACCCAUGGGGUUUCUCUAUGGAAAUCCAAGGAAUUAGGUGUUGGUGGUUAUAGUUUAAAAUGGUCCAAAUCCAUUGAGGAGCAUUCAAAGAAAGCUAAUGAGGAAGCCACGCUUGCUGCUGCUGCAGUUGAGAGGAAGAAGAGAGAGCAGGAAGAUGAGGCUUGUAUCAAUUCUCAGGCAAAAAGAGAACGAAUAUUUCGUAUUGGUUCAGUUCGCUACAGAAUGGAUCCUUCCAGGCGGACACUUCAGAGGAUUUCAGACGAUGAAUCCCUUUCCUCUGCCUCUAUCUCUUCAGGUUCGGCUGCCAGAAGAGCUUAUGUUCCAAGGAGAUUAGUGAUUGGGAAUGAUGAAUAUGUCCGAAUCGGUAAUGGUAACCAGCUUAUCAGAGACCCAAAGAAACGAACUCGAAAAUUGGCAAAUGAAAAAGUUAGAUGGAGCUUGCACACUGCCAGACAGCGGUUUGCUCGAAAGCAGAAGUAUUGCCAGUUUUUCACAAGAUUUGGAAAAUGUAACAAGGAUGGAGGGAAGUGUCCUUAUAUUCAUGAUCCCUCAAAAGUUGCUGUCUGUACUAAGUUCUUGAAUGGUUUAUGUUCUACUCCCAACUGCAAAUUGACCCAUAAGGUCAUUCAAGAGCGGAUGCCAGAUUGUUCUUAUUUUUUUCAAGGUUUAUGCACAAACAGAAAUUGCCCAUAUAGACAUGUCAAUGUGAACCCUAAGGCAUCUAUCUGUGAAGGGUUUCUUAAGGGUUAUUGUGCUGAUGGGAAUGAGUGUCUGAAGAAGCAUAGCUAUGUCUGUCCUACCUUUGAAGCAACAGGAACCUGUGUUCAAGGAACCAAAUGCAAGCUUCACCACCCCAAAAAACAAAGCAAGGGAAAGAAAAGAAAGAGAUCUGAAGAUCAGAACAGUAGAGGGCGUUACUUUGGUUCUAUUCCCGUUGAUGUUUCUGAACCUGGGAUGAUGGUGGCUGCUUCAAGUCACCAGGACCUUGACCUUGAGAAAGAACUUUCAGACUAUAUCAGUCUUGAUGUGAAUGAAGAAGUUGCAGACAUGGUGGAUCAAUCAUUUGAGCACUCAGAAUUUUGUGAUAAUGAUUCCAUGGAUUUACAGUUGGAUACUACUGAUGAACUUAAACCAGUUCUCAUAAUAACAAAAUUGGCAUCCCAAGCAUCUUAGUCCAUUGGCUUGCAAUCUUAGGCAAUUGAAGGAGACUGAAGGUGAUUUGUAAAUGAGGUAACUUAGGUAAUAGAGUAAUUUUUUCCCCAAUUUUCUGCCUCAUUGAUUUUAAAUUCCCAUUGUCAUUGUCAACACUCACUACAGAGGUCAUAAAUACCCCCCUCCCCUUGAUUUUGAUGUGUAUCAUUGCACAAUAACAUCUGGAAUAUAGAGAAAGAAAAAUUACCUGCUUCAAUUGAAGUGUACCAGUAUCACUCUUUUCAUA